GAAGCAUCUCGGUCCGCUGAGAUAGCGGAUAAAUCCUAAAAAAUGAAAACAAACGAGGAGCUGGCUGCUAUUUUCCAUGUGUACUUAACUAGAUUCACAGUUUGUUAUAAAAAGUGUCCUUCAUCAUGUCGAAUAUGGAGAAACACCUGUUUAACCUCAGGUUUGCUGCCAAGGAGCUGCAGCGAAAUUCUAAGAAAUGUGACAAAGACGAAAGGGCGGAAAAAUCGAAAGUGAAGCAGGCUAUUCAGAAAGGUAACAUGGAGGCAGCCAGGAUCCACGCGGAGAACGCCAUUCGUCAGAAGCAUCAGGCUGUGAACUACCUGAGGAUGAGCGCGCGUGUGGAUGCUGUGGCUUCCAGGGUCCAGACUGCAGUCACGAUGAACCAGGUAUCCAAGUCCAUGUCUGGUGUGGUGAAGAGUAUGGAUGCUACACUAAAAAGCAUGAACCUGGAGAAGAUUUCCGCAUUAAUGGACAAGUUUGAAAACCAGUUUGAAACUCUGGAUGUGCAGACGGCUCAGAUGGAAGACACGAUGGGGAACACCACCACCCUGACAACACCUCAGAAUGACGUGGAUAUGUUGUUGCAUGAGAUGGCUGAUGAAGCUGGUUUGGAUCUUCACCUGGAGCUUCCUCCUGGACAGACUUCCUCAUUGGCAUCAACUGCAGCGUCAGCAGAGCAGGUAAAACAUUAUGUCUGUGAUGAGCUCUCCCAGAGGUUGUCUAGACUGCGAGAUCAGGUGUCAUAAUGAUGCAGAAAAAUACACGAUGAGGAUAAAGGAAGGAGGAGAUUUGGAGUGGAAACAAGGGAAAAGAAGAGAAUUAAAAUAAUAAAAGUAAGGUGCCAUGUGCCUACGAGCUCUGUGCUCCUUCAGUGCUCCACUGAGUCACUUCCCAGGAGGAAGAGGUGGUUUACCGUUGCAGUAACUCAGAAUGCUGCUAAUUUGCACAUUUAUAUUUAAUGUUUAUUUAUGAUCAUUUAUUUCAUCAUCAGCAUGAUGCUGUUGUGUUAUGUUGAGGAUUUAAAAGUAUGUACAGUAGCUAAUACUUUAUUUUAAACUGGUACUACACACACAGCUUACAACUACAAUGUUACACACCUCACUUAUUUAUUUAUGUGCUUCUUUUUUUAUUGGCUGACAGUUUAUUGCUAAGGGCACAUGUUUUUUCAACAGUUCUGCUUUUCCUGCAUGACUGAGGAAUCUGCUUUGUUUCUAAUUGUGAACCAAAUAUAUAUUUUUAUUUUGUGACUGGGAAUAUGCUUUGUAAAUGGCAAGAAUGUGUCGGUUUGACUCAUAUUGAGUUACUAACACACACUCAAGCACAAGCAAGUCGCUUUUUUGAAAGGUGUUUUUAGGGUUUGAGACAUUUUUCAUAGCUGUUGUGGUUGGAGUAUGUACCUCCUCAUGCUGCCCUGCUCGACUUUUUUCCAUCCUACCCCUCCCUUUUUCUCCCCAACAGAGAACAGAUGAGAGGUCAAAGGUGUCACCUGUGGAGGAAGCGGCCUUCUGCCACUCGCAUGCCAAUACUUUAUUACACACACACACACACACACACACACACACACACACACACACACACACACACACACACACACACACACACACACACACACACACACACACAUCCCACUGGAGAGGCAAACUCAGCUGGUAGCUAUUACAGGUGUUAUCCCAGCACACACAAAUAUCUACAUGAACACACCAGCAGCCCUGUAACUGAUGUGAGUCUUCCAAAGUGACACUCAACCACCUUUGACCCUUUUUAUGUCCUUCCCAAUCAUCAUCAGCACACACUUAACUGCAUUCACAAUCAUCAUCAGUGGCUCCAGACUGACACACGCUUCUAUUUUGCCUAAUACUAGGCACUUUGAUGAGUAAAUUGUGUGCAGUACUUUGGAGCACGGACAUGGAGCGAGUCCUACGUGACUGGAGUUAUCUGAAAAACACUGACCCCAGUCAUCCAACAGCUGUCAGUCAUUUCUGCCAUGAGUUAAAUCAUCAAAAAUUAAAAUUCCACGUUUGUCUGCUGUCAGAGCUACAAAAUCUCUUUGGUAAGUUUUUUUUUAAAUUUCUGCAUAGCUUUGCCUGCCCAUCUUUUCUCUUUCAAGUCUGAUUAAAGCCCAAGGAGUCUGUCAUUGCCUAUUUUUCUGUCUGCUGCGUGCAUCCCAGCAUGCCCAGCAUGCAUAGAUGCUUCCUCCAGAUGUGCUGAGACAGCUCUGGCACGAGCACAGCUCUGGAUGGAGGGGUUGCUGUAUUUGUAUAAGGCUAUGUGUCGGUGUGGAUGCGUAGUGGCUCUCCCCUCCAGCGCCGUCAACACCUCCCUGCCAUGGUUCCUAGAGGAGCGCUACGUGCUGACAGACAGGGGUCCGGUCAGCUGGUGGUCUGUCCCCAUGGCUGACCUGUUUGCAGCUCAAAGCCACACACACAGGCUCGGGAAAAACACUCUAGUUGCAACAAGGGGAUUGGUUGGACCUCAACAUAAUUCACACGCAAGAAACAGCUUGUUUAGACAGAUGCUCAUGAGUGUGUGUUCAGUAGGAGGGAAUAUCUGCUGCUAAAGCCCAGUCUUUUAAAUGAGGAUACAUUUUAAUGGGUUCAGAACAUCUGGAAUAUUCAAUCCAAAGGCUGGGUGGCUGAUCUAACAGCCCUGUUGAAGGACCUCUUCUUUCCAGGAAAUUCUUAUUUUACAAGGAGACGCUUUCCAAAAAAUGAUUAAUUUCCUAAUUAUUAAGAUAUUGCAGACAUGUGGAACUGCCAUGAAGUUUGAUUCUCCAAUUUUUCACUUAUUUCAAAUCUAACUGCACUUAUUUAUUGAAUGCUGCAUGGUUGCCACAUUUUUCUGUGCUGUAAAACAUUAGAUUAAAGAUUCUUUUUAACCAUUCUUGUUAACGUUGUCAUCGCUCAUAUGUGGGAACAGUAAAGGAAAUCAUCUACUUAAUGUGGCUUAUGAGAUCAGAACUUGUCAUUUAAUAAAGUAGUACAAGAUCAGA